UACAGCACCCGUCUACCCAGCAUCAGUCCAAUUGCAAUCACAAUGGAGUCAAUCAAGUCAGUCGUGUUCUUGUGUGUGAUCGUCGGGGCCGUGGCUGAGCUGCCUCGCUUCAGACCAGCGAGGUUCAGGUUCCAGCGGCAAGAGUUGGCGCCGACCACGACUGAUUCGCCUACAGAGCCGACGACCGAGUCUGGGCCGUACGCUCCAUCGGGAUGGAAGCCGGCGGGGCAACCGUUCACGCUGCCGACGGAAACCGAGGCCCCCGUCGACCAGUACGGGCCACCAGCGCCUUACCCCGCCUCUGGAUGGAAACCUGCAGGAGAGCCCUUCACUCUGCCCAACGAACCACCAGCGACUAGCUACGGCGUUCCUGACAACUCCUAUGGAGCUCCGAGCACUGAUGCGCCUACUACUGAUAACCCUCAAGCGGAAAAAAUAGAAGGGCCAGUGGAAGUCCAGAAGAGCGUUGGAACUUACUUCGUCCUGUUGCCCAAUGGGCAGCUCCAGAAAGUGGAAUUUAUGACCGAAAAUGAUAUUCAGAACAUGAAAUACACGGCUCGUCUACAGUUGCGAAACCCCGCGCCUCUGCUUGUGUUCCAACCUUGAAAUACAUUAAAUUUUACCUAAUUUAAA